UUAUCGUUUUGGCCGUGCAGCUAUUUUCCGAAGGUCAUAAAAGUUGAAAAUACAUCAAAAACCAUUGGAACAAGAUUAUUUCAACCUAACCUAACCUAUUUGAGUAAUCAGUUUCUCCACGUGGUACUAAACAAACAAGUGCCUUUAUUAUAAGUGUACGAAGAUGUUAUUUGACCACGAUUCUGGGCCAAAUAACCGUCGGCCAUUUGACCGGGACCUGCGGGGAUCGUAUAGGAUUGUAGUCGGGAUGGUUGGGGGCAUUAAACAAGUCAUUACAUUAUGGUAUUAUUUAAUUGUAUAAUUUCUGUUGACAAAAGGAUUUAGUUUUAUUUUAGAUCUCUGUCAAAUAAGCGGCGGUUAUUGUGCCGAGUACCGGUCAAAUAAUCCCUGCCUAUAAUAUAAUAGUUUUACAGUGUUGUGUAUUAUAUAGCUAUUGGUCACAUUUCCAGGAAGCUUCAAGGACCAACAACACACCUCGGUACGACAAGUCGAGACUCGACCGUACAGACCCGUCCGGUCUCGCACACGACGCCGUUAACGGCAAACGGAGAAACGCCGCUGGGAGGCACUUUCUCCAACACUGCCUACAGUGGACCUGAUGUGAACUAGAAUGAAGUUGGCUGGACAUAAAGUUUACUGGACCUCAAGUAGUCUGUGUCACCCGACGGGAGUCAGAAACGUCAUUUUUGUGCGGACCGGCGACUCGACGGACCCCGGCCGAGGACGCCGCUCGAACCGCGGUUGCGGAGGAGCGCGCCGAUACGAGUCGGAGACGGCUCGUACAGUCGGCGCACGAGAGCGGUCCGGACGAAGACAUUCGGGAACCGAGGACGAAGACGCUCGUCGACUGCGGACGAAGACACCGGUCGACGCGCGAGGAAGAUGCUCCGGAACACGGGAAGAACGCCACACUCCCGAGUGCGGGAAGACACUCGUCAACGCAGAAGGAGACACGCAUCAAUGUCGGGCCGGCGCGAUUGUUUUAAAGACGAUUUAACGUGUAAAAUGAAUGUACGUGUUGUUUGUAACGAUUGUUAUAAUGUUUGUAGUAUUGUUUUUAGAGACCGACUCUGCGAAGACGGAGGAAGUCGAUACAUGUCGAGAAUGAAUUUAUUGAAGAUGUUGCCUGUGAUCACUAGGUGUUUGCACUAAUUUGGGGAGAUGAUUACGAUCGUAGAACGUCACGGAAUGCGGCGCGCACGUCAUUUGUGGCGGGACGCAUCCGUAAAUAACGGCAGCAUAAAUACGAGAGAACGCGGCGGCGGCGGCGGGGAAGUGCGCCUUUUGAAAGUAAAAGAACGGGGGAGAUCGGACCGACAUAGAUGGUGUUGUUGUGGUAACCGAUAAGAAUGGAGAAAUGAUGACUAUUUGGUGGGUUUUUUAGGACAGAGAGAGUAGUUAUAUAUUAGUGAAGAUAUAAAGUAAAAGGUGAUAAGGAUGGUGGUGGGGGGGGACAACGAAUGAUAUAUUUUGUAGGGUAUUAAAGGAAUUGACUCGUCAGUGCCGAGUCGGCGUAAUUGUGAGAAACGGAUGCGACGGGGAUUGUAAAGAAGUCGCGCGGUAGAGGAAUUGGCGGAAGCGACGAUCGCAAUAACCUUUCGACGUGGGACGGACGACGACGAAUUUAGUAAAUGGCGGUUUAGGAAAGGGUCGUACGUAAAGCGGCGGGUGCGG